AAUAUUUUUUUCAAUAAAAUUUUUCAUUUUUACAAAAAUCUCAAUUUUCUUGAUAAAUAUAUUGUUUUCCUUACAAGAACAUUAUAAAAGAUGUUCUUUUAACAUCAUCUGGAAAUUGGUAGCUGAAUUUUUCCCACAAAGAUUCUUUUGUAUAUUUGAGAUAUUUUACUGGAAGUCCAUCAGUUUUAGUUUCUGUUUUAUAGCUACUUAUUAUCACAUUGUUUUUAUCAUUCAAAAAUUGUUGUAA